GGCGGAACCCAGUGAGAGGAAUGUUUCCGGUCGACCGUAUUUUGAGUGAACACUCGGAAAGACCCACGGUUGAAUCGCGCGCUAACGACCAUCACUUUGGUGUUUUUCAGACAUUUUCGUGUAAAAGACAAUGGCUGAUCCAGGGCCUAAUAAGGACAACAUCAGAGCUGGGUGCAAGAAAUGUGGAUAUCCGGGCCAUUUGACCUUUGAGUGUCGAAACUUUGUCAGAGUUGACCCCCAGAAAGACAUUGUUCUGGAUGUAAGCAGCACCAGCACCGAGGAGAGUGAGGAAGAAGUAGCUUCAGCUCAGCGCCCUGAGAAGCUGGGCCGAAGCGGCCAACAUCGUUCCCAUGAUGAUGAUAGGAAGAAGAAACACAAACGGAAGAAGAGCACAGACAGAAUGUCAAGGAAGAGAUCUGGUUCUUCUUCGAGUGAUGAGGAGACCACAAAGAAGAAAAAGAAACACAGCAGGUCCUGUUCCUCAUCUGACGAAGAGGAGCAGAGGAAGAGGAAAAAGAAACUGAAAAGCCACAAAAAGAAAAGCAAAAAGAACAAAAAGGAACACAAGAAGAAACAAAAGAAGAGAAAACAUGAAUCAUCAUCUUCUUCCAGCUCCAGUCAAUCCUCUGACAGUGACUGACACCACUGAAUGAUGCUGUGUCUGGAGGACCAGCAUAUUUAUUUGCCAGUUCAUGAAAAGUGUGUCUUGCAGACAUGUUGUACCUUAUCUUGUCCCAUAUAAGUGUCAGUUACUGAAAGAGGGAUUUAAUUGAUUCAGUGGUUCCACCGACACUGUAGAAAACACUGUACCCAGAAAGUCAGUUUUACACCAUCAUGCAAAUUUUGUAAAAAAAAAAGUUUGUAGUUCUCUGAAGCAUUUUGGUAAACAUGUACGAAGUCUGGGAUCAUGAUCUGAUGUAUCAUGUCUUUGUUCUUCCAGAGCCACUUCACUUCAAAUUUGAUACGCAGAACAAUCUAUUGUCAUACACAUUACUGAACAGUUCAGGGGAAAAGCCUCAGUCUCAGUUUCAGAUGGCUACUUUUUUUUUUUUUAGAUGUUUAUACACCUAGUUGCUUCAAGCCUUCUCUUUUAUAAUUUCUGAAAUUGUACCCAACAAUAUGCUUAAAUAUCAAAGUGAAUGCUAAAUAUGAUUCGAUCCUCCAGAAUCUUAAAAUAGCCAAGGUUCACAACAACAAUCAGCUGAUGUAUUGGCUAGUAUUUACAAUCAGCCAAUGUCUUUGUCAGCAGCAGUUGAACUAUUGGCAGAUGUCAGACAACAAUUAAAGAGUUUUGUAUAAAAUUGCUUAAAUAAUUGUGCUUUUGAUGGUAUGGCUUUAUGCCAAGUGAAACGCUUGAUUGUUCCUGGUGUGUUGAUGCUAGUAAUUUGAAUAUUGUCAAAGAAUACAUUUGACUGUUGAACUUUGUCACCUUGAAGAAAGCCAUCUCAAACUUUAAAGAGUUCAUUCCAAAACAUUUAAAUGUGUACAUUUUUGGAAUCUGUCAUUGACUCAGUGUCCUUACCCUGCUCUGUUUAUUUCCUCUGUGCAAUUAUUUCAGUCCUCCAAUAAAUGAUCAUGAAUUGUAAUAAAAUA